UCCAUCAGGGAGGAGGAGGAGGAGGUCCUGGCACUGGCAGCCAUCUUGGAUGUGCGGGCUGAUUGUUUAGUGAAAAGAAUCGGGAGUAAAGCACAUAAAGACCGAAAACAGCCGCAGCUACCGGAGGACCGACACCAGAAGACAAACACACGGACCCGGGCUGACCCAGUGAAGGCAUGAGGACAUCAGCCUAGUCAUCAGUCAUGGCCGAUAAACGAAAACUCCAAGGUGAAAUAGAUCGAUGUUUGAAAAAGGUAGCGGAGGGGGUGGAGCAGUUUGAAGACAUCUGGCUGAAGGUACGCGGAGGUCGCGUCGAGCUGCACAACGCCGCAAACGCCAACCAGAAGGAGAAAUAUGAAGCAGACCUCAAGAAGGAGAUCAAGAAACUACAGCGGCUGCGGGACCAGAUCAAGACGUGGGUCGCAUCCAACGAGAUCAAAGACAAACGGCAGCUCGUCGAGAACCGCAAACUCAUAGAAACGCAAAUGGAGCGCUUCAAGGUGGUGGAGCGUGAGACCAAGACGAAGGCCUACUCCAAGGAAGGCCUGGGGCUCGCCCAGAAGGUGGACCCCGCCCAGAAGGAGAAGGAGGAGGUCGGCACCUGGCUGACGAACACCAUCGACACGCUGAACAUGCAGGUGGACCAGUACGAGAGCGAGGUGGAGUCGCUCUCCGUCCAGACACGCAAGAAGAAGGGCGAGAAGGAGCAGCAGGAGCGCAUCGAGGAGCUGAAGCAGUUUGUGGAGAAGCACCGCUACCACAUCCGCAUGCUGGAAACCAUCCUGCGCAUGCUGGACAACCACUCCAUCCAGGUGGACUCCAUCCGGAAGAUCAAGGACGACGUGGAGUACUACCUGGACUCCUCCCAGGACCCGGACUUUGAGGAGAACGAGUUCCUGUACGACGACCUGGACCUGGACGAGAUCCCCACCGCCCUGCUGGCCACCUCCCCCCCCGGCACCACCCUGGAGGACGAGAUCCUGCAGCACUCGAGCAGCACGCCGACCUCCACCACCUCCUCCUCCCCCACGCCGCCCUCCCCGGCCACCUGCACCACGGAGAACUCGGAGGACGACAAGAAGAGAGGCCGCUCCACAGACAGCGAGGUCAGCCAGUCUCCUGUGAAGAACGGCAACCCGUCCUCCUCGUUCUCCUCGUCCUCCUCGUCCUCCUCGUCCUCGUCCUCCGCCUCGGGCCCCGCCUCCUCCUCGGGCCCCGCCUCCUCCUCGUUGGUCUCCCUGGCGGGGGCCGGGGGGGGCAACACCCUGCUGGGCAGCAUGGGCGGCCUUCUGUCCAGCAGCCUGGCCAGCAGCUACAGCAACGCCACACAGCAGCCGCCCCACCCCUCCACCCAGCAGCACCACCUGCCCAAGAACCCCUCCUCCGCCUCCACCUCCUCCGGCCUCCACCACCCCGGCUCCUCCGCCGCCUCCGCCUCUCCCCCCAACGCCAUCACCCAGCCCCAGGCCUCGCCGGCCUCCAUGCCCACCAACAGCCUGGGGCUCAGUUUGGGCAUGGGCCUGGGGAAGGGCUCCGGGCCGGGCCGCGGCGACGCCAGCAGCCCCGUGUCGUCGGGCGGCAUGGCGGGCCUCAUCUCGGGCUCCACGCCGGCGCCCUACGCCCAGGCCGCCGCCGCCUCGGGCCCGGUGGGCGGGGGCCUGCUGGGCGGGGUCUCCUCGGCCCCGGGGGCGGCGGGGGGUGGCUGCAGCAUCACGGUGGGGGGCCCCACCUCCACCACGGGGGGGCUGCUGGGGACCUCGCCGGGCGGGGGCGGCGGGCUGCUGGGCCUGGGGUCCGGCCCGCUGGGGGGGCAGGCCGGCUCCUCCAUGGGGAGCAUGGCCCCCGGGGGCGGCGUGGGGGUCAUCGGCAGCGGAGGGGGCGGAGCUGUGGGCAGCGCAGUGGGCGGAGUCACAGGCAGCUCUCUGCUCUCCAAUCGACCGCCCAGCCGGCAGAAACAGAACGGAGGUUACAGUGCCGUGGUGUCAGACAGCACGCAGGACUCUGUCCUCACCAGUGCCAGCCAAUCACAGAGCAGCCAGCCUUCCUGUUUGACCUCCACAGCCAAUCAGCUUAAGGACAGCGGCCCCAGCCUCUUGGGGUCCCUCACCCUGGCCUCCUGCUCUGCGUCUCCUCUCUGCUACACGGAGGCGCACUCGUCUGGAAGCAGCCCCCUCCUCAACGGGCCCCUGUCCUACCCCCAGGCCUCUGACAUCAUCAAGCCCCAGGAGUCGAUGAGCAGUCUGAAGACCAUGGCCCAUCAGGCGGCCCUCAGCUCUGGGAUCGAGACGGACAUGUCCUCCCUCCACCUCAACACUGACGUGUUCCCCAGCACGACGGCCCCCUCAGGACCCCCCUCCGGGCCCCAGACCUCCCUGUCGGAGGUGAGCAUCCCGCCCUCGCUGGGCGUGUGCCCCCUGGGGCCCGUGGCGCUGUCCAAGGAGCAGCUCUACCAGCAGGCCAUGGAGGAGGCCGCCUGGACGCACAUGCCCCACCCCUCCGACUCCGAGAGGAUCAGGCAGUACCUGAUGAGGAACCCGUGCCCCACGCUGCCCUUCCACCACCAGGUUCCGCCGCCGCACUCGGACUCGGUGGAGUUCUACCAGCGGCUCUCCACCGAGACGCUCUUCUUCAUCUUCUACUACCUGGAGGGAACGAAGGCUCAGUAUUUGGCAGCGAAGGCCUUGAAGAAGCAGUCGUGGAGGUUCCACACCAAGUACAUGAUGUGGUUCCAGCGCCACGAGGAACCAAAGACCAUCACGGACGAGUUUGAACAGGGGACCUACAUCUACUUCGACUACGAGAAGUGGGGCCAGCGGAAGAAGGAGGGCUUCACCUUCGAGUACCGCUACCUGGAGGACCGCGACCUCCAGUGAGACCUGGUCCCGGUCCCGGUCCCCUGGUCCCGGUCCUGAUCCCGGUCCCGGUCUCCCGGUCCUGGUCCGACUUAUGCUGACAUUCCUGAUGGAGCCCCUCCCCCACGCAGGGCGGGUUCUGAGACGUGGAAGCCCCCCCCCCCCCCCCCCCCCUCCUGUUUAAUGAUGUUUUUUUACCCCCCGCCCUCUGGAAGAACUCUACCACACACCCUCCUCCUACUCCUCCUCCGUUGGACUUUGAUUUGCUAGUCUGGCUCCCCCCCCCCCCCCCCCCCUUCUGAACCAAAGAUGAUUGGUCACCGCGCAAAGUACGCCCCACCCCCUUCGCUUGACUGGCCGCAGGGUGGUCCAAUGGUCAGUGCGUCCAUAGCUCCUCCUCCUCAUCUUAACGCCAUGGGCCGCGGCUAGGCUCCUUCAGCCAGUCCCUGCCCCCUCACAGGCCCCGCCCCCUCUCAGGCCCCGCCCCCUCACAGGCCCCGCCCUCCCCAGGUGCUCCCCUCCAAAGGAAAAACGCAGUGUCCAAUGGGAGCACUGCGUCCCUCUGGAGUCAACCAGCCAAUAGGGCGGGGUCUCAUCGUCUGCACUGAACUGCUGUCCGUCAAAGGGCUCAGUGGGGGGGGGGGUCCCCAGGCCUCCACCCCCGAGGCCCCCCUCCCCAUCCCGCCCUCAGUGAGCCAAACACCAAGACACCUGGGGGCCGCUAACACACCUAGCCCCCAGGGCGGGGGGCCGCUAACACACCUAGCCCCCAGGGCGGGGGCCGCUAACACACCUAGCCCCCAGGGCGGGGGCCGCUAACACACCUAGCCCCCAGGGCGGGGGCCGCUAACACACCUAGCCCCCAGGGCGGGGGCCGCUAACACACCUAGCCCCCAGGGCGGGGGCCGCUAACACCUAGCACGAGGGAGUCUCCCCGUCAGUAGGAGGAACGAUGAAUCAUGAAUCCCCCCAGCAGAGCUCAGCUGACUUCAGGGCCAGAGAGAGCUCCAGGGCUUCCUGUAGGGGAAAGCAUCACAAAUCGAAAGGGCCAAUCAUCCCGAAACCUUCUGUGACUGGACAGGAUCGAGACAAGCCCCCCCCCCUUCUCUACAGUUCCUUACCGACGUCACAACUGUCACAUCCAUUGCCAAGUCAACCUGUUGUAAAUUACUUAACACACACACACACACACACACACACACACACACACACACACACACACACACACACACACACACACACACACACACACACACACACACACACACACACACACACACGCACAAAGAUCACUGCCCAGUAAAAACACACAAAGUCCACUGCCCAGUGACUACAAUAGCGCAUCCAAAACUAAAACCACACUUCUGAAUCCACUCCCUUUGACUGCAUUAAUCAUUAUGGCAAACAGAAUCACAAUAAGGUUUGGCCAAGAUACCGUCUGCUCUGUAAGCUCCUCCCUUCCUGUCUCCCUUCUUAUCUCCCCCCUCUCCCCCUCUGUGUUACUCCAGGUCGAUGUUUCCUUCGUUCUCAGGAAGUGGUUAACAUAAUAAAUGAGGAAAUGUACCAGCAGCUGCUGUCACUACAGCACAGAACCACAGCCCCCCCCCCCCCCUCCCCCAGCAUCACUUUCCCGCCUAAAGUAGCUUAUUUUUUUCCUAGCCCAGCUAGCUAAUGUUCCAACGGCCUUUUCAUUUCAUCUGUCUUUUGUAAAAUGAUUAUUAUCCUCCAUUGUUCGGAGCAAAACCUGUAAGAGAGACGUCGUACUGUUCGUAUAAUGAGACGUUUCUAAGGGGUCGGAUUUUAGACACAAUGGUCCCGUGGGGUCUCUCUUCAGGUUUGUAAGCCGGUUGUUUUACGGAAAAAUAGAGCGAUUCACUCGACCAACGGUCCGGCUUUUAAUGUUUCAUUUAGCACAUUUUGGCGAGCAAAAUCAAAGAGGUCCAGACGGUUCGAGAGCCGCCAGGUGAACUCGGGCUAGGCCUCAGCAGACCGCAUAGAGACUCUAGUUUUUCAACCUCUCCUUUUUGUUUUUCUUUUUUUGUUUGUUGUCGUCAUGACGGCAUUGAAAAAAUGACACUUGUGAAGUGUCCGUGGAGGAAAAAACAAAGUAAAUAAUGACUUAAAAUGAAUAAAGGAUUGUAAAAUAUUAUUAAAAGAAUUACUUUUCAGAAGA